GUAAAUAAAUGAGUUUUAGAUAUACGAUGCAAGUUUUUAAAAUGAAAGGCCUUUCAGCUUCUCGCGUCUGUGCUUUAAAUAAACGUGGAAGUGGAUCAAGAUUUUAAAACCAAAGGCCGAUCAGGUGAUCAACGCUAUUUUCUUUUGCAGUAACCGUGGAGUCAUGGCGGCGGUAAAGAAAGAGCCGGUAGUAGUACCCCUGAAGCUGUCGAUAGAUGAGAAGAGUAAUCGAGUACUGGCUGCGGAAGCGAACAAGGACUUCGUUGACAUACUUUUCAGCUUUCUCACCUUCCCGAUGGGAACCAUUGUCAGACUCAUCUCCUCUGCAAAGGAUGAACCCACCGCUGCUGUAACAAUAGGGUGCAUGAACAAGCUAUACGAAGGUAUCCAAAACCUAAGCAGCGAGUACUGGCACACAGAGCACUGUAAGAACAUGCUUCUCAAUCCAAGAAAUCCCCUUGCCCAAUACUGCAAGAAGUUGAAGAUUAACAUCGAUGAUUCUGGCUCUGAAUUCACUUACGCCUGUAACAACACGGGCUGUCCGUAUUAUAGCACGCACAGAAAUGUUAGGUGCUUAUGUGCAAAGGGGGUGACCGCAAACGUGAAGCAGUCAGCUGAUUCGAGUUCCUCAAGUUAUCAGGGUGCGGCCUUUCUGACUGGGAGAAUAGAAUUCUUAAUCAGUGACGAUUUACUGGUCAGGCCUGCCUCUCCGGCAGUUCUUGCUGAACUUAUACCCGACCUCGGUUCAGGAGAUUGCAGUGCAAUAAGGGUGAUGAAUCUUGAAGUUUCCAAGGCUGAGGUAAUCCGUCUCAUAGCAUGCGCUCUGGUUUAGGAGUCUCCCUUAAGUGACAUCUUUCUGGCAGAACGGCAAGCGGGAUCCGGCAUAGCGGGAAUCCAAACGAAGCAGCUGAAACUUGGAACUGCUUUUACAUGUUGGGAUUGGAAAAUUCUUCUAUCCAAUAUCAAGAACAGAAUUACAAUAGGAGGGGCAAACUCUCACACUCAACUAUUACAAAAAACCAAUCCUCACCAAUACACUUCUACACUAAGUGUAUUUCACUCUUCACACACUUUUCUCACUUUCUAAACUGAUAUUAUGAACAACAAUGGAGCACUCUAUUUAUAAG